UUCAAACCACUGCAACUUGACUUGCUGCCCAAUUCUCUUAACGGAUUUAAUUCCUCUGGAAACAAGAAGCUCUAUCGUUUAAGAUGGAUAAGUUCCGUAUGAUGUUCCAGUUCCUCCAGUCCAACCAGGAGUCUUUCAUGAAUGGGAUCUGUGGUAUUAUGGCCCUAGCUAGUGCACAAAUGUACUCUGCCUUUGAGUUCAGCUGCCCCUGUAUACCAGAGUACAACUAUGCUUAUGGGAUUGGACUACUUAUCAUUCCACCUAUAUGGUUCUUCAUGUUAGGUUUUGUGUUGAACAAUAAUGUGUCAAUGCUUGCUGAGGAGUGGAGAAGACCAACAGGGAAGCGGAGUAAGGACCCAACAAUCCUUCGCUACAUGUUUUGUUCGAUCACACAGCGGUCCCUGAUAGCACCUGCGGUGUGGGUAACUGUGACUCUAAUGGAUGGGAAGAGCUUCCUGUGUGCUUUCAGCAUCAAUUUGGACAUUGAGCGAUUUGGGAAUUCCAGUCUCAUUAAGGGUAUGUCAGAAAUGGAAAAGAUGAAACUGCUGGCAAAAAUCCCAUGCAAAGACCUGUUUGAGCACCUCGAAAUAAGAGUAGCAGCAUCUCGAUAUAUCAAGUGUAUAUCCCAGGCAUGUGGAUGGAUGGUCUUGCUCAUGAUGACCUUCACGGCAUUCAUGAUUCGAGCUAUUCGACCGUGCUUCAGUCAGGCCGCCUUCCUCAAGACCAAGUACUGGUCACACUACAUCGACAUUGAGCGCAAGAUGUUUGAUGAGACCUGCAAGGAGCACGCCAAGAGCUUUGCUAAGGUUUGCAUCCACCAAUACUUUGAGAACGUCAGUGGGGAGAUGCGCAGCUUCCACCGCCAUCGCUCCGCAGAUGACAGCGAUGAUGAGGAGGACAGGAGAAGUGACGAGGACAAGCUGCUUGGUAUAAGAGCCCAGGAUGAUAUGAAUAAAGUCUUGUGGAACUGGCACACCUGUAAGCCUCCUCUGGCUCUGCGAAAGGACCAAUCAAAUGGUGAAGACAAUAAUGGACUGAAAAAAGAGGUCAAUGGAGGGCCAAACGGCUUUGUGAAGGGCCACACCCAUGACAUGGAGAAGAAGGAGUGGGCAGUGUAUUACAGUAAGGUUUGAACAUUUCAAAGGGAAAAGGGGAGGAAAGAUUUCCGUUGGCUAUUGGCCAUCACAGUUUUAGGAAGUUAAAUUGUUUCUUUUGCUGAAGAAUUUUAGGUCAAUAUUAGAUAAAAGUUAAUUAGAAAUGCAAUGAUGUAACCAACUUGAGUGUCAUUUUCGCUUUGAUGCAUUUUUUUUUUUUUUUUUUUUGUGACUAAUAUACAGCAGAACACACCACAAUUUGUAGCUCGACUGAUGGUAUCAUUUAGCUGGUUGCUUAGCAGCCAACAAUACAACAGCCAAAAAAGUGUCUAUGAAAUAUCAAUGGUUUUCAGUCAUUAAAGUCAUGUUUUUUUCUACAAGUAGUAAGUCAGAGCAACCGGAUUUUUUGCGUAAUCUUGAAGAUAUUUCCUACUGAUGCCAGAAGUUUUCUCAGCUAUAUCAACAUGUACUAAUGAUUUUUCUGGCUGUACUACAGUACGAUGUACAUGGAAGGGGAUCAAAUGCAAAACAUCAAUCAUAUCGCUCUUGAUGGGUGUGGUACAAAACUUUUGUCUUGACUAUUGUUGCAACACUGGUGCUACUUUGUUAAACACCAAAGGAGUAGAAAGCCCUGAAUCAUUCAUUAAAGUAUAUCUACCACCAGGACUAAACAGGCAGUCAUAUGAAAACAGUGUGUGGGUUCAAGUCGGGACAACACAACCACCACACUGGUACUGGCACAUAAGUCCCAACACUCUGGAGAUUUCCAGCUGAUAAAUGAUGGUGAAAAAUGUUAACGCGUUUCUUAAGUGGAAGUUUGUCCCAGGACACAAAACAAAACUUUAUAAUAUGGGUCAUAGUUAUGUGCAAAAUACCAAAAAACUACCCCAUUGGCUGCUGACACGUCCUUGUUUUAUUGCCACAUUUCAGACAAAACCUACUUAGUUAAACAUUAAAUGGACUUAAGAAAAGACCUUUGCCUGUUGUAAACAGACAAUCUUGGCAUCUGCACCUUUCCAUGUUAACAAUGCCAUCAGUGUGAUACUGUACUUAUCCAACAACCUGUUCAAAAUUGUCAUUUUCCAUUGACACCCCUUUGUAUAACAUCAAUUUAUUAUAUUUUGUGAGUAUGUCUGUGUGCAUGUCCUGACAGUAUUGUGUUGCACUGAUUCCCAUAAUGUUACUGGGCUGCAUGUUCCAUCAGGUAUAUCUAUGUCGUAUGCAAACAGGACUGUGAAAAGGCAUUCGCAACCAUACCGAUUUACAUGGCACAGAGAAAACAAGGUCAACAUUUGCAUCUCUCUCUACCUCUUGUGCUAAAUUCCCACUCUCAAAGUGUUUCACAGGUGAAAUUCAACUUUGGGCCUCUUUAACAGAAUAUUCAUUACAGGUGAAUACUAACGAAUGAAUGGAUGAAUGAAUAUUUUAUUUCCGUGUGUGAUCAUUUACAUGACCCAUCCCUCAUGGAAUUAUGCC